GCAAAAUCUCAGCUGUACUUUUCUGGCCGCCUCUCUCAGAUUGCCUGUCUCUGUUUUCGUAUUAAAUUCACAGAAUCAUUUUGUAUAUCCAAAUCGAUAUUUCGGCUCCGGGUUCCUUUUUCGGACCGAUUUGAUUCAUUUCUACCCUUAACUUGACUUGCUCUAUCGUUUUGUAAUUUUCUGUGAAAAACCACAACCAAGUCGAAGAGAAAAGAGGGACUGAAAAGCGAAACCCCAAAUUUUCUAAGGUUGAAGAGGUUCAUUCUUUUGUUUUGUGGGUGGAAUUCUACAUGGGUGUUUAUGAAGAUAUCGGAGCUGAGAUUUGCUCGGAUAUUGAAGUUGAUGAUAUAAGGUGUGAAAAUAUAGCAGAGAAUGAUGUCAGCGAUGAGGAGAUUGAAGCAGAAGAAUUGGAACGGCGGAUGUGGAAAGACCAUAUCAAACUUAAAAGGAUGAAGGAAAAAGAAAAGCUUGCGGCAAUACAAGCUGCAGAGAAGCAAAAGCCCAAGCAGACAACUGAUCAGGCUCGGAGGAAGAAAAUGUCUAGAGCACAGGAUGGAAUUCUUAAGUAUAUGUUGAAGUUAAUGGAAGUGUGCAAAGCACGUGGAUUUGUAUAUGGGAUCAUUCCUGAGAAGGGUAAGCCAGUCAGUGGUUCGUCUGAUAAUAUUAGAGCUUGGUGGAAAGAAAAGGUAAAGUUUGAUAAGAAUGGUCCCGCUGCCAUAGCAAAGUAUGAAGCAGAAUGUUUAGCCAUGGGUGAGGCUGAGAAUAAUCAAAAUGGGAACUCACAAAGCACUCUUCAAGAUCUGCAAGAUGCAACUCUUGGUUCUCUCUUGUCUUCAUUGAUGCAACAUUGUGAUCCUCCACAGAGGAAGUACCCAUUGGAGAAGGGAGUUCCACCACCUUGGUGGCCCACUGGGAAUGAAGAUUGGUGGGUAAAAUUAGGGCUACCCUAUGGUCAGAGUCUUCCAUACAAAAAGCCACAUGAUCUGAAAAAGAUGUGGAAAGUAGGGGUUUUAACAUCAGUAAUAAAGCAUAUGUCUCCUAAUAUUGCAAAGAUCAAGAGGCAUGUUCGUCAGUCAAAGUGUUUACAGGAUAAGAUGACCGCAAAGGAAAUUGCAAUCUGGUUGGCGGUUUUGAACCGGGAAGAAUCUUCCAUCCGGCAACCUAGUAGUGAUAAUGGAACCUCUGGGAUAACUGAAAUGCAGGUGGGUGGCAAUGGUAAUAAGAAGCGACCUACCAUUAGUGAUGAUAGUAACUAUGAUGUUGAUGGUGUUGAUGAUGGUGUGGGUUCUGUGUCAUCCAAAGACAACAGGGAAAAUGAACCGACUGUUGUAGAGCCAGCAAAUGGUCUUGGCAAAUUUACACCCCAUUCUGGCCAAGAAAAUAAACAUCCAAAAAAGCCCAGGACAGGUGGACACUAUGGGAAACCAAGGCCUGCUAAUCAAGUGCCCAGAACAUCUCCUGAUGAGUGCCAACAUGAUGAGCCAAAAAGAACUUUGCCUGACAUAAAUGAUACUGAUACACCCCUUAUUGACUAUAAUACACAUGAUAAUCGACAGGAAAACAUUGCAGUGACAUCAUUGAGGGACCCAAACAUAGGUUUUGAGGGCUCAGCACAAAUGGCAACAUCUGCAUUUGACAAUUUGCCCCAUGUUCCUUCUGCCGGUCUUAUUUCUAUGCAGAGCAUGUAUAUGGAUGAAACAUCUAUGCUAUAUCCGAUGGGGCCCAAUGCUGAGUUACAAAAUGGUGCUACUUACAAUGUCUAUAAUCCAUCAUUUGAAGUAGGACCUGGUCAUGAUUUGACCCAUGAUCAGAUGGGAAUGAAUGUAUCACAAAUUAGGCCAAGGGAUGAUGGAGGCUAUGUACAAGCAUUAGAUAGAAAUGAAACUGGCAUUAGCACUAGUGAAUUAGACCCUUAUAUUAAGGACACUUUUCCGAGUGAACCAAAUAGGCCUGUUGAUAUUACAUAUGGAACUUCAAUUGAUAGCCCAUUGAUUGAUUUUGGUAGACUCAGCAGUCCAUAUUAUCCUGGAAUUGAAGGCACAAGUAUUGACGAUCUCUUCUCUGAUAAUGACUACCUAGAGUACUUUGGGGCAUAAUUUGCAAAUGAUGAUACUUCUGAGAUUGUAAUGGCUGGAAAAACGUGGUACUCAUUGCUGACCUCAUUGAAGGACCUUCCCUUAUCCAUUGGUUUGUAGGCACAAGUCAAGACUGUAAGUUAUAAACAUGAUUUAAUUUCUCUUAUACAACUCAUUGUUUUAGGAACAAAUGGAGGCAUUAUGGCGUCUUGUAGAUGAGUGUUAGACUGGCCAAAUGGUAAAAUUAGAAUAAUUUCUUAUUACUCUGCACAAGUUGAAUUCCUAAUAAAUAAGCUCAUCUUGUGUUCUA